GAUGGUCAGCGUUCACAACAACAACAAAAUGAACAAUCCACUUUCGCUUCUCUGUGCAUUGCCUUUCGAUCUUUAGAUUUACCUCAAAAUGAUUCAUGAUUCAUCCAGUAGUGGAGAAGGAUCAGACGAGGAUUUUCCACGUGAACUUAUUAGAAAUAAUUCGCGAGAACAGCGGCCAUUCAGCAGUUUCAGCACGCCAAGUUCUACCCCUCGUGGGUCAUUGGUUUCUGGUUUGAACAACUUGAAUACAACUCCAAGUCCAACCCCAUCGUUGCAGUCGUUACAGUCUGAAUUACUUGAGUUUCAAGAGCGAGAGGAAAGAAAGGAAAUACUACAGCUUUAUGUGUUUGUUUUGAGGUGUAUUUCAUAUCCAUUCAACGCCAAACAGCCAACUGAUCUCGCCAGAAGGCAGGCCAAAGUUAGCAAACUACAAUUACAUACAAUCAAAGACCGAUUUGAAGCAUUUCUAGACGGUAAUACUCGGAUUAACUCAGAUGAGGCAUUUUACAAUGCUGUUAAAGCGUACUUCGAUAUCUUCAUCUGUAGUGAAAGAGUUUUAAAGCUUGUUGUAAGCGGGGGCUGCUCAGCGAAUGAUUUCAGGGAAGUUUUUAAGGGUAUUAUCGAGAAACGGGUUCGUUUCUUGCCAGAAAUACAUGGCCUGAGUAAAGAAACAGUUCUUAGUGCUUGGAUGGCUAAGUUUGAUUCUAUUUAUCGAGGAGAAGAUGAUUAUAAACGAGGAUCAUCACGAAUAGCAGCGUCGGCCGCUUCUGAACUAAUGCUUUCGAAAGAGCAGUUGUAUGAAAUGUUUCAAACAAUUCUGGAUAUCAAGAAGUUUGAGCACCAAAUCCUUUACAAUGCUUGUCAGCUUGAUAAUGCCGAUGAACAAGCUGCUUGUAUUAGGAGGGAACUUCAGAAUAAAAUGCGAAGUAUUGGAGAGUUGCGAAAGCGACUACCACCUUUUCUACACAAAGACAUGGAAAAACUGUUUGUUGAAGAACAACAAAAAGACAUCAACACCCUCAUGCAAGCACUGGAAAGUCUUCCCGUCUCUAGAUCAGGAGCUUCAGAAAAGUAUUCCCUGUAUAAGUACAAAAAAGCACAAAACACUUUUGUGAUGGAUGUUCCUGAUGACGCUCAUCCAUCUUUGGCCAUAUCAGAUGUCGUUCUGUCCUUUACUAUUGAGGUUGUUGUAGCUGAAGCAAGAGGUCUUAAGUCACUACAAGCAAAAAGAAUAGUCUACUGCACUAUGGAGGUUGAAGGUGGAGAGAAAUUGCAAACUGGAGAAGCUGAAGCUGUGAAACCUGUAUGGGACACUCAAGGUGAUUUCACUACUUGCCAUCCCAGACCUAUCAUCAAGAUUAAAUUAUACGAAGAAAGAUCUGGUGUACUGGCUCUAGAUGACAAAGAACUUGGCAGACUUACUAUUAAGCCAAGCCCAGGAGGAUCAGAUGCAUUUGAAUGGCAUACAUUAACACCACACAAGGGCUGGACAGGGCCAAAGCUAGAAUUACGACUUGCCGUUAAAAUGGACAAACCACUUAACUUAAAGAAAGCAGGUUUUCUAUAUGCACAUGGAAAGUCUGUGUGGAAAAAGUGGAAGAAAAGGUUUCUUAUUCUUGUUCAGGUGAGUCAUUGCACCUUUGCAUUGUGUAGCUAUGUAGAGAAGAAGUCAGAGCCAACAGACAUGCUGCAAGUUGAUGGCUAUACUGUUGACUAUUGCGAUAAACCUGCAGGUGAAGAGCAUAAUGAGGCAAGAUUCUUCUUUGAGGCUGUAAAAGAAGGAGAUCAAAUAUUGUUUGGUACAGAAGAAGAGCUUGAAAGAACAAUGUGGGUUAAUAAACUAUACAUGGCAACAGGGCAGUCACAUAAACCCAUAGCACCUAAACUAUCAAUGGUUGCAACAGCUAAAGAAAGCAAGACCAACACACUUGGAAGGGCACAAGGAGCUGCAGAUCAUGCAAAGAAACUUGGGCUAGAUGCUUUAAUUCAAGCAACACCAAAUUCGUUUGACCAUCAUUACUUGUUUGAAGUUUUACAAAGGAAGACUCUUGGACAUCGUUUGAAUGACUCUUAUUCUUGUUUGGGAUGGUUUUCUCCUGGGCAAGUCUUUGUUCUUGAGGAGUACUGUGCAAGAUAUGGAGUGCGUGGAUGUCAUCGUCAUCUGUGUUACCUUAGUGAUUUGCUGGAUAGAGCAGAGUCUGGUAUUAUGAUUGACCCCACCCUACUGCAUUACAGUUUUGCAUUUUGCGCAUCACAUGUCCAUGGGAAUAGACCUGAUGGUAUUGGCACAAUUACCACUGAAGAAAAGAGCAAGUUUGAAGACAUCAAAGACAGACUGUGGAACUUGUUGGCUCACCAGAUUGUUCACUUUAGGUACUGCUUCCCUUUUGGUCGUCCUGAGGGAGCCCUAAAGGCGACACUAUCCUUAUUUGAACGUAACGAAGAACAUCAUUCUGAGGCUUUUGCAUGGGUUAGUGAUUUAAUGACCGAACACCAAGAGAUAUUUUGGUCAUUGUAUUCUGUCGAUAUGGAUGAAGCACUAGCCACUCAACCUCCUGAUACAUGGGAUAGUUUUCAACUAUUCCAACUCCUUAAUGAGUAUCUCAGUAGUGACUCGGUUUUGUGCCGUGGUAAAUUCCAUAUACACUUGCGUGAAACAUUUGCCCCACUUGUUAUCCGGUACCUUGAUCUUAUGGAGUCAUCUAUUGCACAGUCUCUGCACAGAGAGUUUGAAAAGGAGACAUGGGUAGCUGUUGGGGCUGGUUGUAAUUCAUCUGAGGAACUAUUCUGGAAACUGGGUGCCCUUCAGAAGUUUGUGACUGACCUGAAUUGGCCUGAUGAAGUAAUGGAGGCCCAUCUUGUCAAACGACUUAAACUCAUGUCGUCAGACAUGGUCAUGUCAUGUGUCAAGAGAACUAGAGAAGCAAUUGAAAAAUGGAUUAAAAAUGCAAGUUUUACCAUGGAUUCUGUGAUACCCAAUAAAGUGAUGGUCAUGCUUAAUGUUAUUAGUCAAGCAAAAACACAGCGACGUUACCAUUCAGAUGUAUCUUCCUUUUUAUCUGAGACACAGAAAGACGUGUCCAGUCAAAUUAUAACAAAGAACCCUGGAGACGAACUCUAUAAAGGUUUUAACAAAUUUCUGAGAGAAAAUCUAAAGCAAGUCAUGGAAGUUCUUAAGGAAGAACAGCUUAAGAAGUAUAUUGUGAAGGAAUUACCAAAGAUUUUCCAGAUUUGUGAGCUGUAUGGUCUUCCAGCCAAGCGCCUAAGAUGUCCUUUGUAUGGUACRCUGUUGUCAAGGUUACAUAUUGAGGAGGCAAUGCUUAAGGGGGAGCAAAUCGACUGCAUUGAUGACUACACGGGCUAUAAACACUCAGACGACAGUAGCAGUGAAGAUGAGCUAUAG